CCGAACACCUUUUCUUCCAAAGUAUUACAAGACAUCGUCCAGCACAUUAGUAUCAACGACACGCCGGAACGUUAUCUCCAUAGCAAUCAAACCCCCCAUCGUUCAGCUAGCUUGCUCACUCCUCCCUCAUCCGAAGAGCGCCCUCUCAUUCAGUCACUCCCUGCGGAAAAUUCGGUGGCUUCCAAUGCAACCGAACCCUCGGUGAAGGUCUCUUUGGCCGAGAAGAUUAUGGCUCAGUCUGCGCUAUAUUCUCAAGCCAUUCAAAAGCAGCAACAGCAACAACAUUCGACAUCAUCGACAAUCGCUCCCCCCAAGAACGCAAAUUUUAUUUCUUCUGUGGUGAAUCCCCGUCCUCGUCCUUCUACACACAAGGGUCCAUCCCCCACUUUUACAUUCCAUCGUCUCCAACAAAAGCAGCAGCAAUUUCUCACUCGCAACUCUGUCAAGGAAGAACAUGAAAACCCACAUGAUGAGGAACAUGACAAGCCCAUCGCUCCUUCCGACUUAUCUAUCGCUCUCACCGCAGUAGAACUUCCCGUCAUAGAUGAAGAGCCGAGUCAACACGACGACGAAAGAGAACUCAGUAAUAGAGGUGUAGAGCGAUCAAAGCCAGCAGCCCCUAUCCCGAAGCCGGACCCUUUGGACAACCCACUCAA